AUGGAACUUGAUACGCUUUAUUCUUGUGGUUCUAACGGUUAUAAUGAAGCCUUAUUUUCUGAUACUUUUAAUUUCUUUAAUGAGAACUUUGAUGAUAUUUCGCUAUAUCAUAAUUUUCUUACCAAUGAUGUGAACUUUUUACCAGACUUGAAUUUUUUACUAGACUCUGAACCACUAUCUCUUAACAGUAAUAUACAACAUCUUGAACCACUUAAUGAUAUUUCUGAUUCUGAUAUCCCCACUUUUGAAUUACUCAAUGAUAUAUCGAAUCCUUUUAAUUAUCAAUAUAACCUCGCUGUUAGUGACAGUUUUGAUUAUUGGUUGACCCAAAAGAUUCCACUAUCAUCUGUCGUAAAUCGUUUUGAUGUUCAUCAAGUGGUGUUUAUAAAGCUCGAAAAGUGGUUGACCAUACAAUACACCGUCUACGUGCUACUUAAAAGUAACAAAAAUGAGAAGUUUGAUACUACUUCGAUGCUUGACAUUCUUUUUGAAAAAGUAUCACAAGAUCCACGUUGGAAAGUUUACAUUCGACAUCAACGGGUAUCCCCAAAAUCAUUUUGGACAGAUUCUGAGCCUGGUUUGAUUAAUGCCGUUUCGCAAGUCUUUCCUAUCACACCACAUUUUUACUGCUUAUUUCAUAUUUGGCAAAAUGUUAUAAAACAUCUUAAAGCCAAGUUGGGUUCAAAUUUCAACCAUUUCGCCAAGGCUUUCUAUAUCUGCAGAAAUGCGUUAUGUGUAGAAAUUUUUGAGAAAUGCUGGAAGUUAAUGAUAGAAAAUUUUCCGAAGUGUGAAAAUUACAUGGCCAGAUUAUAUACCAAUCGAAUCAGUUGGACUAAGGCUUAUUUACCAUUACAAUUUAAUGCUGGCAUACAAAGCACCCAAAGCGUAGAAUCAUUUAAUAAUAUUAUCAAAAAGUCUUUAAAUGGUGUCAGCACGCUUUGUGAUGUUGAAACAGCAAUUGACAAGAGUAUUGAUAAGGUUUUUACGGAAUUCUUAUCACCACUUAUAUUAUCUUGGCAGCGGUUUCAGGUUUCACAAUCAUUCAUAUACAAAGGGCAAUUGGACAAAGAUGCCGACACGAUAGAUAAUAAUUUUGUAGAAGAUUUGAAACAUAGAAAAUUUACCGAAUCAGAAGCGUUUCUUGUAAAAGCAAUCUGUAUUAUACCCGUUAGAUGGUAUAAAGACGAGAUUCUAAUGAAAUUUGAUAAUGUUCUUAAAAAUUCACCAGUCCUUACAGCAAUAUCUACUAAUAGUGCAACACCAUAUGAAGUAGAUUUUACUCUCAAAAGUUUAAAACAUAUACAAGGGUCUGACUAUAAAGAAAAUAUACAACAAGUUAUUCCUCAAAGAAAUAGGUUCAGAGUAGCGAUCUCAACUGCGAAAACAGCAAUUAAUAUCGCGUUGGAAACUAAGAGUGAUAAUGAGUUAGUUCAAAUGUUAAAAAGCUUUAUUUUAUCCAAAACAAAUAGUAAUGAAGAUAAUUUAGAAGAGAAUAUAGCUGUAAGAAGUAACAAUAAUGAAAAUAAUCAAAGUGAUAGUGAAAUACUUCCCUUACAAUAG